AUGUCUAUGAGUGUGUUUUUCUUUGGCGGAUGUGUGAUGACACAGUUCCUCAACAAUCGGCCUUACCCCACUUACAGUUUGGAAAAUAUGCCUGAUACGGGAUUCACCUGCCGAGAUAAAAUAUUAGGUGGUUACUAUGCCGAUAGUGAAACGCAAUGUCAAAUGUUUCACGUGUGCGUCAAAGUCGCCGGCGUUGGGGUUCAAGAUUUCCGAUUUUUAUGUCCCAAUGGAACCGCUUUUGAUCAGGACGCUCAAAUUUGUGCUGACUGGGGUGAUGUCGACUGCGAAGCGACAACACUGUACUACAGCAGCGACAAUUUUGAUCUGUACCGAAUUUCAUCGGAUGUAGAAAGCAAGAGAGCACCAUUCGCCUACGAAGAAGAAGCGCCAUUCCAUCUUCAACGGGCUGAAACUGGCGAUCACCGACUUAGCAAACAACCAAAAGUGGAUCAAAAACGAGGAGACGCAAACAGCGCCAAGGCAAAAUUAUUCAACCAGUACAACCCUAAUAUUGCGCGCAACCAAUAUCAGAAUCAAUACAGCACAGACAAUUCACAAGACAUCUUCCGUGGAUCUCACAGUUCCAACUUCUUCAACAAUCGCAAUAAUGGCAAAGAAGUUGAAGAAGAUUACCGUGAGACACCCAAAGUUGAAAGCGAUCCAAAACCAUUCCAACGGUCAAACGUUAGAGUACGCACUAGGCCCGCGCAAAACCAGCCAGAAGAACAAAGUGCACAUGUUAUUGAGAAUGAAAAUCAACUGGUAAAGAAAAAGACCAUACAACGCAAAAUAUUGCGUAAACCGGAAGAAAUUUCCACAUCGAGUCCGAGUACGGGAUACUCGAGCCAAGUUUAUACCUCAUCAACACCAUUACCGUAUUUCGAUAAAUACCAAACUCUAAGCCGCAAAACAAACGCAGACAAUUAUACUCCGGCCACAACAAAGAAAUUCUCCACGUUGGUACCAAAAGAUGUAUACAGCCCGACGACUUUCAAACCGACCACUUAUAACAAGGUCUCGCAAAUAUACAGUUCGCAAAGCACACCUAAACCAUUUACAGCCCCAAGCACUUAUAAACCAAGCGACUUAACUGGCGCCGUACCGAAAAAGACCCCCGCCAGCUCUACUACUCUAAAACCACAGUACACAAACGGUUUUGCUGCAUCCAGCUACCUCCCAACAACAGCUAAACCCACUACAGUCAAAAAUUAUAAGACUACGGAAUAUGCGUACUCAACAAAUAAACAACAAUCAACAGAUAAUCAAUACUACGUCAGCAACAAACAAUUUAAUAAUAAUCCAAAUCAAUUCAACACAAAUCAAAGCCCUUCGGGAUUUAAAAGCUCCGUGAGCACGAAUCAAUACAAUUCGAGUCCGAACCAAUAUUAUAACAAUCAAUUCUCAACAUCUGCGCUUCCUCAAGGAUUCACCAGCAGACCUAAUCAAGCACAAACGACGGCAAACCAAUAUAAAUACUCGCCAGCAGCAAAAGAAAGCCAAUACGACGAUGGUCAGUACCGACCGGAGCAGUACGAAGAUGCUAAAGACAACUACUACCAAAACCGAAAAGAGGUAACAGAUAACAGGCAAUACUACGACAACAGCAAUAAUUACAAUAAGGUGCCAAGCAGAGCUACAAAUCAGUUCUCCCAAGACGACUUCUACCAAACAACACCUGUAUACAAUACCAGGAAUAACUACGAAUCUUCGAGCGAAGAAUACAUCAGGCAAAAUGAUCAAGGUGAGUUUCUAAAAACAGCCCAUUCUCAGAACAUCGCCGCCAGUGGGAAUGAAUUGAAAAGAAAAAGCAAAACGACAACAAAAUCAGUUGAAACAAGUACGCCUGUUUCAAUUCACACCACGCAAAAAACAACGUAUGCUUACACCGCCAAAACCUCAGUAAGUCCUAAGGCAACCACAAGGAAAGAGGCAAUCGCCCAACCAGCAGUUGCUCCCGUGCAAAAACAAUCCGAGCCGAACAGUAACACACCAAAGCCACAAAAAGACAACGCAAGCUACGACUACGCCUAUUACGAUAACUCAGAGCAUCCCGCCGAUCAGAGCGAUUACGAAAAUAUCGAAGAAUUCCGAAAAACAAACAAAAAACAGUAGAUGUACCAUACGCUAUACCAAUUUGUUAAUGUUAUAUAAGCCAGUAUUUUUAA